AUGAGGUCUACAUCCACGGUGGUAGCUUUAAUAGCUCUGGGAACUGGUGUCACGAAUGCAACAGUAUCGAGGCCAUAUCCGCCAGCAGACUCCUACCUCCAGACCACGAAUUUCUUGAACCACUCUUCGUACGUUCAGGAUCUGGACGAUCCGCAAUGGUACCUCGACAACAUCCCCUUCAUCGAUGUCCCGGAUCAGUCCAUGUCAGAUGUAUAUUACUACCGCACCAGUGUGAUCAAGCGGCAUUUGAAAUGGGUGGCGGAAGGUCAAGGAUGGGUAUCUACUGAGUUCAUCCAUCCCGUAUCGUGGUCAAGCAAAUUCCAAAGCACUCCAGACAGUGCGCCACACCAUGUCGUGGAGCUCCGCUGGCUUCGAGACCUCAACUAUGUCAAGAAUCACAUCCAGCAGUACACCCGUGGCGGAGUGGAGAAGCUCAGUGGUGUCACGUUCACGCAUUACAUGCAUCAAGCCAUCUACGAGCAUGCGCAAUCGACUGGCGAUAUCGACUUUCUGACCUCUCAACUAGACGGCAUGAUAGCCAUGUACGAACUAUGGGAUAAACUUCGAGAUAACACGACUGGACUCUAUCAUCGUACCCCUUUGCAAGAUGCACAGGAAUACAGUCUCCCCGGCUUCCUUGUCGGUGGGCCCAGUGGCGGAGCAAUGCAUGAGUGGGAUGACUUUGGCCUUAGUGCCAGCCAGGGCGGUGGCAACAACUAUGGUCUCAUCUGGUCCGGACCCGAGACCUACCGACCUAGUAUGAAUGCUUAUAUGGUGGCGGGUGCUAGGGUUAUUGGCCAGAUUGCUGCUAUGGUGGGCAAUAAUUCACUAUCGCAUACCUGGUCGCAGUAUGCUGGUGAUUUGCAGACGAAGAUGGAGAAUAUGCUCUAUAGCCAAGAGCUGAAUUUCUGGAUUGAUGUUGUGGAGCACACGAAUCUUCGAUGUGAGGGUCGGGAGCUGAUUGGAACCUAUCCGUAUCGAUUCGGUAUUGGAAUGAACGAGACAUAUAUUCGUGGGUUGGAAGCUAGUUUGACGCAAGAAGGCUUCUUAAGCGAGUUUGGACCUACGACAUUAGAGCAGACCAACUCAUACUUCACUGCGCUGAAGAACACAACGUAUUGUUGCGUCUGGAACGGGCAGAGCUGGCCAUUCUCAACUUCCGUCUACCUCGACACCUUGGCUCGGAUCGCUCGCAAUGGCCUGAGCAGUAUCAUCACACCGGCUUUCUUCAACCAGGAGAUGACGAAGUACACGCUCACAAACUACAAAGACGGUGUACCAUACACAGCAGAAUCGCACUACCCAUCCGUCGACGGCUGGAGUGGAGAUACUGGAAACCAUAGCGAGCACUACUUGCACUCAACAUAUCUCAACAACAUCUUCACGGACUUCUUCGGCAUCGUACCCGACUUUGGCGAUACGUUAGUCCUUCAGCCGCUGGUUCCGAGCAACUGGUCGCACUUCGCCAUCGAGAAUCUUCCAUACCAUGGAUCCCUGCUGUCCUUUGUAUGGGACCAAGAUGGUUCGCACUACAAGACGGGCACCUACGGCAACUCCUCUGCAGGAUUCAGUAUCUUCUCGAACGGCACACUCUUCCACCACCAACCCACUCUUUGCGCCGUAAACGUCACACUACCCUUCAACACAACCCAAGCCGCUGCAACACUUGCCUCGCAACCAGAAUGGCAGAACAUCGUUGCGAAUCCCAAUUCUCCCUACAACCUCCCCCGAAUCACAGCAACCGACUGCCUCAACCUCAACGGCGACUUCUGCGCCUUCCCAGCCUGGAAAAUGAACGAUGGUCUGCUGUGGUACGAUACCACACCAGAUAACCGCUGGACAAACAACCAGUCGCAAUACCCGUACGGCACAAUCAACAUUACUCUCCCACGACCGCGGAAAAUGAACGCCAUCAGCUUGGCCAUCUUCGACGAUACUGACCGUGGGGGUGUCGCAGCGUGUCCUGCAGGGGUGAAAGUGGUGAAUGGGAAAGGAGAAGUGGUGGCGUAUAAGAACCCUUGGACAGAUUGUGUGGGAAAUGCAUUGAAUACCAUCUCCUUUGCUGCACCGAUGGCCAACGGCACGAAUACGACUACGCCGGAUACGGGUUACACUGUUGAGACGGGAUUCUUACAGGUCGUGCUGAGUGAUAAGUUGCGGUAUACGACCGCCGUGACAGAGAUACAGAUCUGGGUCCCGCCGAACACGGGUCCGAGGUACGAGGCCGAGGAUGGUGUGAUAGGGACGUUCAUCGGGUCUUACGAGGGCAAGGCGACGGGUCUGAAUGGCACGAUUGAGAAUGGCGGUGUUACUUUGCAUGCGGGGGCUUGGGUGGAGUUGUCUGAUGUUCGGCGGGCGGAUGGUGGGGCUGGGAAGGCACAGUUGACUAUCAUUGGGGGUGGGAAUGGGACGGUGGAGGUCCAGAUGAAUUGGUUAACGAACACGACUGUUUCGUUUCAAGGGCCGGCGAACAAGACGAUUGAGGUUGAGAUGUGGCGGGGUGGGAACUGGGUGGAUCUUUUGCAGACGAGUGGGACGCCGUUCGUUGAUGCUGUUGUUGUGUCUGAUGGGUAG